AUGGAGGGAAUUCCGCCGGAGGCUAUUGCCGCGCACAACGCCGAGCAAGAGGAGCGAGCUGCCAAGUUGCAGCGAACGGAGCAGGACGACGACGAUGAUGAUGAUGGAGGGCCGCCGCCCCAGCCGGCCUAUGGCGCUGCUCCCGCCGGUAUGGCCCCACAACCGCUCUACGCUGCACCCAUGCAAGCAUACCACAACCCCUACGCGCAACCCAUGCCGCCACCGCAUAUGCUACCCCAGUGGGCGCCUCACGGCCCAGGCUACCCCCCCAUGCCCGCAUGGCUUCCCCCUCCCGCGCACUCCCCCUCCCCCGGAUACUUCCAGCCCGGUCCCCCACCCUCUUCCUACCCCCCUCCUCCGCGCGGGCCUCCUCAACCGCUCUUUCCGAUUCAAGGCGGCGUCCGCCCCCCUCCGCCGCACUCCAUGAGCACUCCGCCGAAUGCGUACCCCCCCGCUCCUUCCGCCACCGCUCCCGCCGGCGCACAUGGCAUGGCAGGCGGUGCGCCUCCUCCCCCCGCGAGUCCCGUCUUCCCCAUAGCUUCCGCCGGCCCGCCUCCGUCUUCCGCCGCAUCAGCGCCUGCAGCGCCUCCCCCGGCCCAUUCCCCCGCGGGCGCAGGACCUUCCGCGCAGCACUUCCCCCCCGGCCCUGGCGCAGGGCCUUCCCCGUAUCCCCCGCAAGGGGCGGUUUUCCCCAUUCCGCGGCCAGGGUACCCUGGCCCUCCGCCGGGCGCGGCGGCUCCGUCGUCCACUGGGGCGCCUCCGCCACACGCGGGCGCGCCGAGACCAGGGCAACCCAUGCCGGGGGGAAGCUACGGCGCUCCUGCUUCGCUUCUGCCAACCCCUGGUGCGCCUGCAGCUACCAGUGCGCCUGUGGGUGCGGCGCCACCAGGGGGACUGCCGGCCAUGGCAGCAGGAGCACCACCAGCAGCGGCACCAGCAGGAGGAGCAGGAGGAGUGGCAGCGGGAGGAGCGGCCCAGGCGGUGCCUGCAGCGGCUGCAGCGGCUGCGCCCACGACAGUGACGGAGGUGUAUCUGGUGUGGGACGACGACCAGAUGUCCAUGGAGGAGCGGCGGGCCAGCCUGCCGCGCUACCACGUGCGCGCAUGA